UAUACUCAUUAAUUUCUAGAAUAAGAAAAUUGAAAAUGAAUAUUAGCAGAGGCAUCGAGAGACCCAAGUUCGCAUCGCGCCCUCCGCCGGAAUCGCUUCCCGGUCGUCACUUCAGUGUCUCCGAAGAGGACGGCGAGAUACGUACUACGAUGGAGCGACCGAAAGCAGAGGCGGCGGCGGCGAUGGCGAUGCAGCCCUACGAGCUCUCUUACUCCGAUCUCCUCCUCUUGUCAUCGCCUCGCCGUCAUCCGUCGCCGCCGUCGGAGGCGGAGCUCCGGCGGCUCGAUUCGAUCCGGGGGAGCGUGAUGGAGGCUCUCGGCCCCGCCGGCCCCGGUCUGCUGUGCGUGCGGGACGUCCCCGAAGCUCCCGCGCUCCGCCGUGAGCUCCUCCCUCUCGCUCCCCGCCUCGCGCUUCUCGAUCCCGAGCGUCGCAGGCGCAUUCUCCAGGCUCAUCAACUGGGGACUGAUGUUCCCAUGAAGGAUCCCCAUAGGAGUGUCUCCUCUUUUGCUAUGCAACUGAGAUAUGCUCAAGGUGCGGAGCUUGCUCAAAGCAAAGCAAGUAGUAACAUAAAUAGUUUAGAUUCAGAAUUGGACAAUCUUAACUUGGAUGUUACAAUGGAAUUUCAGGACAAAGAGUUUGAUCAUCUUGGGUUCGUUUUUAAGAAGCUAGGUUCCUUGAUGAUGGAACUGGGGCUUGGUCUUGCGCGAAUAUGUGAUGGGGCCAUUGGUGGCCAUGAGUUAGAACAAAGCUUAGUGGAAUCGUGCUCUGCUAAGGGGCGUCUUAUUCACUACCAUUCAAGGGCAGAGAACCUUGUUCUCGAACAAGAUGGGAGAAGACUCGGAUCCAAGCGAGGAAUUGCUAAACAAAAGAAGGCAGAUGAACAUGCUUUCUGUAAUGGAAGAGAACGACAACCAAUUCCUCAGAAGAAGACAAUUGGUGGUGAAGCCAAGUCUCGUGGGUCUAAUUCCAAUCUAUGGCAGCAGUGGCAUUAUGACUAUGGCAUUUUCACUGUUUUAACAGCUCCGAUGUUUCUUUCACCUGCUUUUCCACCAGAGCCGGAUCGCGAUUGUGAAACUUCAGCGGCCAGUGUUGAAGAGUGCCCUUACCCGGAUGGUCUGACAUACCUGCAAAUUCUUAAUCCCAUAAGAAAUGGUGUCUUUAUGGUGAAGACAUCUCCUGAAAGUUUCAUAAUCCAAGUGGGUGAAGCGGCUGAUGUCUUGUCCAGGGGGAAGUUACGCUCAACCCUUCACUGUGUGCCCAGACCACCAAAAGUUGAUAAUGUGAGCAGAGAAACUUUUGUUGUGUUCUUGCAGCCUGCGUGGAGUAAGACUUUCUCUCUGUCUGAUUAUCCGAUGGAUCAGUUACCGUCAUACCCUGAAGUAGCUACUGAUAAUACUUGUCUCGCUGAGCAAAACAGGACGAAACUGAUUGAUGAAAUCCAGAAAACAGUGCCUCUCCUUUUCUCACGAUUGAAAGGUGGGAUGACUUUUGCUGAAUUUUCACGGGAAACUACGAAGCAAUACUAUGGUGGCAGUGGCUUGCAGUCCAAUAGUUUGUCGGAUCUUUGAUGAUGAUCGACUGCAUAUUUUCAGCAUAACAUUUGCUUUUUCAGAUUUUGUCUCUUUCAUGUGCAUGGGGAUUUUUUUCCUCCUCAUAUUAUGUUACCCUUCUUGAUUAAUGCAAGGCUUUAUGCUGACAUUCUCCUUUUCAAACACCUGGAAAACUGAAAAUUUUCUAAAAACACCAUCAGAGAUGAUGUUUAAAAAGUUUGCUUUUGAUCGUGUCAGAGGAUUAUGCAUUCAGGACACUAAUGUUUCCACAUUUGAUUUCUUCUGCAAACACUAAGUUCUUGUGAAUCUUUUGCAACUUAUCAUCUGUUUUGUUUAUUAGUUACUUGCAUCAUGAUUAGCCUUACUUCUUGUAGACAGAGAGAGUUGGCCGUGGAGAAACUUUCUCGUUUUGAAGCGAUGCUAAUUUCUUCACUAGUUUUUCUGGGUGACUAAUACUUGACAUACCUCAUUAGUCAUUCAUAUCAUAGUUACUGCAAAGAUUGGGAACCAAAUCCCAGUUGAGUUUCUUUAACUUAGUACAAAAAGGGCUCACAAAUCCACUUGCUCACAUAGAUAGUCUGUUCUCAAUUUCUCCGCUUUCCAUUCCCCAUUUACCUUGUCAAUAAAAGCCUCAAUUCUUCUUCUCAAUGCAUCAUCGUUGUCAUUAUUACUUUCCCCAUCAUCUUCACGCUCAUUGUUGUAGCUCCUGCCUACCUUUUCCAAGUUCUCACUGACGCAUAACUCCAUAACCUCUGGCGAUGUCUCCUCAAUUUUGGGUGGCUGCUCAAUGUCUAUCCUCUGCUUAUUAAUCACACUGUUGUGGGUGAGAAUUGGAAGAUGAAACUCGCUGCUAUCUUCGAAAUUCGAGCUGGGUUUUGGGGCCAUGAGGAUGAUGACUAUGAGUAAAUUGCAGAAACAGAAGACGACGAGAGAGUUGGAUGCUGCCUGAGCUACCAAUUCUGCAGUGUGAUCCAACAUUGCUCCGAGGAAAAUUUGGCACUGAAAGGAACGAGGAAAAAAGGAAGAAUGCUUGAUUUGUGAUAGCCGAAGAUAUGUUGCGAGGCCCUUUUAUAGCUUCUGUGAUAGAGAAGUGUGAUGGGGAAGCUUUUUUAAGCGUAAGCUGUUGACCUGAUAAAAGAGAUGUAGUGUGAAAGCUACUGAGACUUGGGAUAUUAUUGGCUUGUUUUGUUAGAGAACUUGUAUUUGUGAUGGAGAAGCGUGACGGGGAAGCUUUUUUAGCAUAAGCUGUUGACCUGGUAUAGAGGUGUAGUGUGAAAGCUACUGAGAAUUGGGAUAUAUUAUGCUUGUUUUGUUA